GGAAGGCGCUGUGUUUACAUCUUUGUUUUGCUGGUUUGUCAUUAUCUGCUCGUCCCUUGAAUUUCUAAAAUUUCAAUCAAAUUUUACUGUAUUUUGAGAGCAACACUCAACUCUUGUCACGUGUAGGUGGUGCAUGUGAGCUCUUGUCAUGGGGGCACUCUUUGGAAAGCAGAAGCCCAAAAGCCGGGUGACAGAUCACGACAGAGCCAUUCUGCAACUGAAGCAGCAACGUGAUAAACUAAAAGUCUAUCAGAAACGCAUUCAAGGAACUCUAGAAAAAGACACUGAGCUAGCACGAAAACUUUUGCGAGAUGGGAAGAAAGACCGAGCUAGACUCAUUCUUCGCAAAAAGAAAUAUCAGGAACAGCUGCUAUCAACUACGGACAACCAAUUGGAAAAUCUAGAAAAACUAACCCAGGACCUUGAAUUCGCUGGUAUUGAAGCUCAGGUGAUAAAUGGUCUCAAAGUUGGAAGUGAGGCAUUGAAAAAAGCUAAUGCCGUGUUUAGUAUUGAUGAAAUAGAACGCAUCAUGGAUGAAACUAGAGAAGGUGUUGAAAAACAACAAGAGAUAGAUGAAAUGCUGAGUGGUGUUCUGAGUGAUCAAGAUGAAGAAGAUGUCUUGGCUGAACUGGAUGACAUUAUUAAGGAGCAAAAGAAAGAAACUGAGCCGUCUCCAGCUGUUCCUGAUGAAGAAAUGGAUGAAUUACCUGAUGAAGAAAUGGAAGAAUUACCUGAUGUUCCUUCUGAAGAGCCACAAGAGAGCACAGCUGCGAAGAAGGAGAGAAACAAACAACCAAAGGAAAAAGUUGCUAUUGCAGCAUCAUAGAAAGACAUUCCUGAUAUCUACAUAAAAAUUCACUUACCAUAAAAAUUUUUAUGCUAAUACGACCGAAUAUGAUGAGGAGCAUUGUUUCUGGGUUUAAUAGGCUUUUGACAGCAGCUUUAUGAACUAAUUUUGUGGUGCUUUAAUGUGUAUUUCUUGUCAAACUUGUUUUAAUGUAUUUGUUACAUUCAUGUCAUAUUUUAUGCAUGUUUUCAUACUUUGUUUAUUCUUUCCUAUGUUUAAGACACUUUUAUGUAUUUUUUUUAAACUGUUGGUGUGGAUUUUCGACUGAGUAAUGCAGAAGUUUAAAAUAAAAUGCCACCAGUAUCUCUUUGAAUGUGAGAUGAGCUCAUACACAUUUAGGUGCUCAAGAUUCAUUGUGUGUAGUUUGGCAUGUCUUGUUCCAUAAAUUUAGAGUGCUUUGUAUAGGAUGUUCAAUACUUGUGCAACCUAAAGGCUGAUGUAUAGUCUCAAACUCAAGCUGCUGUUAAUAAUGAAUUUAUGUAUAGUCUCAAACUCAAGCUGCUGUUAAAAAUGAAUUUAAAAAUUAGAUAUUUUAUCUACCUUUACAUAAAGUGAUCUAAUUUUAUGUCAAUUGGGUAUUUUUCUAAGGAUAUUGUUAUUUGUAAAUAGAAUGUGUUUCAGUAAUGACUGGAGCAUGGCUGAUUCUUAAAUCACUACCUUUGUUCAUUUUCUUACUGGAGCCAUGGAGAUUAAACAAAGUAUGCAGUGUA